AUGAGCACCUUGCGUCCAACGAUCAAGUCCGUGUCCACCGAUGGAAGCACAAAGCAACAACAAUUUGAUUCCGCCGAUCAAGGUCCGAAGCGCAGAAAUGCCGGGCGCACCAACGCGCACCACGCUCGCAAUGAUGCAAGCGUCCACCAGCUGCAGCAGCAGCAGCCAAAGCGUGGUGGACAGAGCAUGAACCACUUGCUCGCGUUCACUUUGCCACCUCGAAGCAGGCCGCCUCUAGCCGGGCCAGCCCGCAGAUCGCGUCGAGGCGCCUCCUACACGCCCUUCAACAAGGAGCGCUACGUCAAUGCACAGUAUCGCUUCCUCGUUAAGCCAACGGGCGAUUACACGGCCUACUUUGCUGAUCCAGACAUCUACCUCAAUUGGGCCGACAUUCUCCAAGUUGUCAUUCCGACUUCAUCGGCACUUGCUGGCGUAAGCUCAUCGGCACCCAUUACCGAUCAGCCACGUGAGCCGGCACACGAAGGGGCCGCCUGUCCUAUAUGCCUCUCGCCGCCCACCGCUCCACGCAUGACCAAAUGCGGUCAUGUCUUCUGCUAUCCCUGCAUCCUCCACUAUCUCACGCUUAAGGACGAUGACAACAAGAGCCGGCCAACUGCACCAACUCUGCAACCAUCGACGCACAAGUGGCGACGCUGUCCGAUCUGCUGGGACGCCGUGUACGCGCGUGACCUCAAGGCUGUCCGUUGGUGGGACGCAAAGGCUGCAGCACGCGAGCACGAAACCAAGCUGCAAGAGCAGUACGAUCUCGAACGCGUCCAGCGCCUCAGCGAGCUCGACGAAGACAACCACGAGGCGACAGGCGACCCAAACGCGCCAAGCCUCACACACUCGCAUCCUGACAUGCUCGCGUUACGUCUUGUCGAGCGGCCCAACGUGACAACACUCGCGCUGCCCCAGUCGGCGACGUGGCCGGCUGCAGAGCUCGACUAUCCCCUCAUACCGGUCCACUCAGCACCGUGGCAUUUCCAGCCAGAUGUCAUGGGGUUUGCCAAAUUUAUGCUAGCCACGCCAGAGUUGCUGAUCGAAUCGCUCAACAAAGAUCUCCAGGAGCUAGUGGAAGAGAUCGACGUGCUGAAAAGCUUCGGAACCGACGCCAGUGGGUUUCACUUUGUAGCAUUGGCGCAAAACAAAGUCAGGGACCAGAUACAAAAGGUGCGAGACGAGCUGGAUCUCCCCAUCGUCCGCAGCUCGAUUGGUCAAGCGCGCAACAAUCUCAGAGAUCAUCAAGCAACCUUGUCUGGACAGUUGCAGCGUACAGACCUCAGUCGACGUCAGCGUAAACGCAUGGAGCGGUCACAGACCGACGAGGAGCCGGAAGGGAUGGCUACUUCGGCCCAGUCCGACACUAGUGCUGCUCGUGACGGAACACCCGAAGCAGCAUUAGGCGCGGAAGAGUUUUUGGCUUUUCGGGCACAGACACAAGGUGGCACGAUGGGACACUCGUCCUCGGAGGGCGGAGCUGCAUCUGGCAAGGAAGACGGAGGAUCUCGAACAGCGCCGGAUGCCCCGCACAAGUCUGGCCAGCCUCGUCAACCAAAGGCGCGCAAGAACGUCAAUCCGCCGCAGCCCGAAUCGUCUUCUUACGUCUUCUUCCAGGCGGCAUCUGGGCAGAGCAUCUUUUUGCAUCCGCUCGACACCAAGAUCCUACUAUCGCACUACGGCGCGUACGCCCAGCUUCCACGCAAUCUUGCAGUCAAGGUGGCGGGUGCAGACGAAGGCAGUAUGAACGAGGAGCUGCGAAGGCGAUGCAAGUAUCUGCAUCACAUUCCCAUGGCGGCCGAUGUGGUGUUUAUCGAAGUGGAUUGGGAAGGUAUGGAUCUGAUCAGCAAGUCGACGCUGCGUCCGUACGAGCAAGCGCUGCGCCAGCGUCGCAAUCGACGACGCGACAAGGAGCGACGUGAGGAUCGAGCCAAAACGCGAGCAGAGGAGGCGGAGCUCAUCUCGAACCAAGGAGGACCCGCCGCUGCAGCAGCGUAUCGGAGACAGCAGGAGCAAUUGGCUGCCUUUACGAGCGAAGCCAAUUUCCCAUCGGAUGGUCUCUCGCGCAGCUUUGAGCAUGGUCGAAGCAGUGGCGGCGGUGCAGAAGCGGGAAGCGCAGGCGAAAGUGGGUUUGCGUCUGGAUCAUCGCCCAGCUUCCGCGAGUCGGCCAUGUUUGGCGCUGAGCGUGAAUACCCGGUACAUCCUGGUGCAGCUGAAACGGAAGACUUCCCUGAUUCGUUGCGCGGGACACGUACCGGACUGGAUCAGGCAUCGAUCUCUUCUGACGACCAGACGGAACGAGCUCAGCACGGCGCUUCGAGAAAACCAGCGCGUGGAUCGGCGCCGGUGAAGAAGACGGUGUGGGGUACACCUGCUUCUCAAUCGAGCUUUGCCAAUGCGAUCCAAGGACGCGGUUCCGACGCUAAUGGAAUCUGGGAUGACCAUAUCGAAGAUGCAUGGCACGAGCUGGAAGAAGACUAUAUUCUGGGCUCAACAGCUUCGGGACGCAGACCGACGGGUGCUGUGCGUGAAGGCCGCGGCCUCAACAAGCAGAGCCGCUCAAGUGGUGGCGGAGGAGGAGGAGGAGGAGGAGGAGGAGGAGGAGGAGGAGGAGGAGGAGGAGGAGGAGGAGGAGGAGGAGGAGCAGCAGCAGCCGCAGCCGCAGCCGCAGCCGCAGCCAAGACCGCAGCUGUUGGCUCAAGAGACGUAUCUGGAACAGCUACCAAGGCGAGCCACGCGGAGGCAGAGGGCGAAGACACACGCGGCUCUGAUACCACUGCCACUGCCGCAGCGACCAAGCCGAAGCGUGUCAAGAAGAAGCUCAUUCUUACGGGAGGUGGUGGCGGGCGCGGUUCUCGUUAG